UCUUUUUUUUUUUUUUUUUUUUUUUUUUUUUUUUUUUUUUUUUUCCUUAUAUUUAUUGAUAAUGUAAUAUGGGACUUCAUUCUGCAUGGUGUUUUCAAAUUGUAUAUUAUAUUCAUAUUACAUUAUUACUUGUUAUUAUACUUAUAUUAUUUGCUUAGUCUUGGUUGAAUAUGCAGAUUAUCCUUCUACAAUCAAACCCUUCUCGUUUAUGUUUUACUUUUCUGGCCGUGGAGUGAUUUUAUAUCAUGUAAGCGUCAUUUACAUUACAUAAUAUUAUAUAGUUCACUACAACAUAGUUUAUUAUAUAGACUUAGGCUUACUAUAAUGGCGUGUAGAUCUUCUUUUU